GCGGGAGCCGCCUCUCCCCUUCCAGCCGCUGCAGCCCCUCCGGGGCACCGCUGCUGCAAGUUCCCCGGAGGCUGGCGCCAGUGCCGGGGUGUCUCCUCCGGGAACCGGGGAGCGGUCGCUGCUMGCGGGCUGUCCCUUUGCCCCGGUCCGGAGGGGGCCGGAGGGCGGCGGCGAGGGAGAGCGGCCCCCGGAGGGCAUUUCCCGAAGGCAGCGGGGCCGGGACCCGGCAGGAAAUGGAAGGAUGAAGUGUGCAGCCGGAGYGGUGAUGUUCCUUCUCUCCUUGCUUUCCCCUGCAGGAACCUAAUCCGCAAUGCUAGUUCUCAGGUUGCUCAAUGUUGUCGCUCCAGCCUACUUCUUGUGCAUCUCCCUAGUGACCUUCGUCCUCCAGAUCUUUGUCUUCAUCCCCAGCAUGUUCAGAGACCCUUCCACCACCCCACUUUUCUCACCUGCUCUGCUGCAUGGGGCCCUCUUCCUCUUCCUCUCAGCUAAUGCCCUGGGCAACUACGUCCUUGUGAUCCAGAACUCCCCCGAGGACUUGGGCAAGGACUUAAACUUGGACAAAGGAGCCGAAGUGGCAGACUGGCUGGAUGGAAGCAGGUCCCCUGGCUCAGCCUUGCCCGGCACUCACUUCUGUAGACUGUGUGCCAGAGUCACCCAGAGGCAUGACCACCACUGUUUCUUCACAGGGAACUGCAUCGGGAGCAGGAACAUGCGAAACUUCAUCAUGUUCUGCCUCUACACCUCCCUGGCUUGCCUUCACUCCCUGGUGGCAGGCAUGGCUUACAUUUCUGCUACACUUUCCAUGUCCUUUGCGGACCCACUGGCCUUCCUCACUCUUCUGCCUCACUCCAUCAGCCAGUUCUUCUCAGGAGCUCUUCUUAGCUCUGAGAUGUUUGUCAUCCUCAUGCUCUACCUCUGGCUUGGGAUUGGACUGGCCUGCGCCGGCUUCUGCUGCCACCAGAUGCUGCUGAUCCUGCGUGGGCAGACACGGUACCAGGUGCGGAAAGGAAUGGUGGUAAGAGCCCGGCCCUGGAGGGAGAACCUGCAAGAAGUCUUUGGCAAGAAGUGGCUGCUAGGACUUCUCAUCCCUGUGCUGAAUGUGGAGAGUAACUACCAUAGGCAGAAAGAGAAAUAAAAUCCCCSUGCAUGUGUGUGCAUCCCACGCACACAACACCUUCCCUGGUCUCUCCCACUGUCUCCUGGAUCACUACGGACCUGGGCUACUCCAUCUCUUGGGAUUGCAGCCGCUGUGGGAGGAAAGGAUGGGCUAUCAAACAGAAUAAAAUUAGCAUAUUAACAUGGAAAUCAUAAACCAUGUAGAUGAGAUACUGCAGCUUAGUAGUCACAUCACUGCACCUGCAUAUGUGGCAAUAGUCUUUGAACUAGCAGAAAAAUUAGUCAGUGGCUUCCUGUCUGAUUCUUUCAGUCCCYAGCCCCAUUGGUCACCCUAUAUAGUAUUAAUAAACCUCAGCAGGAGCCUGGGCUGUUGUAGUAGUCUGUAAAAAUGGUGUCUAAUCCUUGGGAGGGUUUUGUGGGGUGACUUUUUGGCUGUUACAUACUUGAGGUACCUUCACGAGAGCAUCAUUUCAGAAGUGUUGGGACAAUGAUCUCAGGUACAUGGUGUGAUUCUUGGGAUURCCAUGUGCAGAGCAAAGAGCUGGAUUUCAGUGAUCCUUGUGGUCCCUUCCAACUCAGGGUAUGAUUCUUGAUUCACAAUACUGAGAAGCCCUUAAUGACAGAACUGCAAUGCAAUCAAGCUGUCCGAGGAACAGGCUGUGCACAUGGUUAAUACAUCAGGUAACCCUUGUCUCCAUGGCUAGAAAAUCAGGAGGAAAACAAAAACAAAUUGAGUUUUUCUCAUUUCUGUUCUUGAUCUGUUCCCUACACAAUGACAUGUCAAGACUGUAGCUCUGCUACUUAUUUUUAGCAGUCCUCUGUCCAAUAAGAGUCCAGGCAAAGCUGCCCUUCUGACAGGGAGCAGCAAGCARAUAAAUCAUGAUCAGAUGGAGAGACAAGGAGAGGAAACCACAAAGGUGAAUGAAAAUGCUGUGUUUGAGAAGCUGUGUGAUGAGGCAGGCUAUGCAUACCUGUGAGAGAGACAGAAGGAAAUGUGGCCAUGCAGCAAACAAUUGGGAGGGUGCCAAGAGCAUUGCUGCUGUGUCAGAGCCCUGAUACAUCACCCUCUCACAGGGGACACCUGCACCAUUAGUGCUGUGAAGGGUUCAAAAUCCCAGAAGACAGGGAGGCUUUACAGCCCAUGAGGACACUUCAUUUUGCACUAAAACAAACAGAAAAAUGUUCUUGUCAGACAUCCCUGCCACACUGUAGUUACAGGGCUAUUCCCUCACAUUGUUGCAGAGGGAUAAAUUCAUCCAUGUUAUACCUCCAUUAAGGAUGUUAAUGCAAUUACUACAGGGAUUAAGCAACUUAAUGUGUCAGCUGGUUUUUAGCUGCAGCAACAGCCCAUAAGAUCAGUGCUGAGAUCCUAUGCUUAUAGGUGCCUUAAGAAAGGAUACCAUGACAUCUCUACCGGGAUCAUAGCACUGGAUUCCCCAGCAGCUGCAACGAGCAGCCUCUGUUUUGGCAAACUGCAUCAGCUUCUGUGGGCUGGUUAGGAAUCCAUUGCUUCUCUUUAAUAGGCUCUUUAAUAGGGGAGUAUGCUGACAAGUCGUGAAAAAUGUUUCUUCCUCAGAAAUGCUCUUGGUGCAUUCCUAGUAGCAGAAUGCACCUUGCUUUCAUCCCUGUGUUUCUCACGAGCCAGAAUGGAGCCACUUGUUCCUGUAGACUWUGUAACCAUCUUUGACUGCUUUACACUUGAGUACAUGUUUGAAUCAAUAGCAAAGUCUAUUGGGAUGAGCUGAGUGACCUUGAAAAUAUACUGGAAAAACCCUUAGCYGGAUAACUAAAACAUGCAGGAUAUACAUCCUUCCACAUUGCGUGUGUUCGCAUGAACACACCAUUGUUUCCUUGUGUUAU